AUGAAUAGAACGAAAAACCUGUUAAAUAGUCUUCUAGAUAGUUCUUCAAUAAGGUCUUUAUUUGAAUUUACUGAAAAAUCUGUUUUAAAUCCUGUUUUAACUCUCAAUUUUUGUGUUUGCAAGUAUACCACCAGUGUUAUAGCAUUCUGUUUUAUAGUGGGUACCAAAAUUGAGAGUGUUAUUGUAGUUAAAAAAUAUAAUCUCAGCGAUUUGCAACUAUGGAAGAUAAACAUUCCUGAUGAUGCAAAAAAUAAUAAAUUCAUUAAACUGAGAAUAUUUGAAAGCGGAUUUCAUAAUGAAGAUACUAUUAUACAAGAGCUUGAAGGACAAAAGUUGAUUAUAUUUAAGGAUUUUAGUAACAUUUUUAAUAGUAGCUUGAAGAAUAUCUGCAUUCUCAUGCAAUAA